AGAAGAUGUUAAAUGUUCUUAAGGGACUAUCACAUGGUGAUAAACUGAUAUAUAACUUGAUAAAAGAAAUCUUCAAACAUGGCCCUCUGGCUGAACUGGUGAAUGAACUGAGUGAGGAAUAUACAUUGGAAAUAAUUAAUGCUUUGAAUGGAAAAGACAUUAAUAAAUUAAUGAACAUAGGUAAAGGUGAAGUUAAAAAAUCUGAGAUAAUAUCAAUCGGAAAGAAGAUAAUACCUAUUAUCAAGAAAGUUAAGGAUGACAAAGGUGUGUCUAUACUGAUGAGACUAUUUACUGAUGAUGAAGAUGAAAAAACUAAUCUCCCUUACCAUCAGCUUGUCCCUGGCGGACUCCAUCCUGGGAUGUCUGUAUAUAUGCAAGGCACAGUGCCCAAACACAGGAACAGCACUUGGGUGAAUUUCCAGCUGGACUUUGCCUGUGGCCACCAUAAGGAGGCUGAUGUUCCCCUCCACCUCACGCAUCACAUCAAUGCAGAGACGUUCUGCUGAACGGAAGCCCCCUCUGCAAGUUCGAGCACAGAAUCUCACCCCAAUUUGUAAAGUUCAUUAACUUUCAUGGACACAUCACCCUUCAAUCUCUGACCAUAGUGAGAGAACAAAUAGUGGGGAACGUG